AUGUAUUCCACAUUGAUCCCAAAGUCCUGGCCCUGGUACGACCUAGUAUUCAGUUUCGUCUCCCCCCAGAACAUACACCAACUCUACUACGUGCACACGCCCCCCACCCCACUCAUCGAAACCCUCCCCAACGAGAUUCUCCUCCUGAUCACAAGAUGGCUGUACAUGGAAGACAUCGUCAACAUCAUCUGCGCCGCCCCCGGCAUCGGCCCCGCCUACUCCCUCGCCCUCACAAUCUCCACCGAGACUGACCCCGACCUUCCCGAGACGUUUAUUGCUACGAAGAAUGGGCUCAGAUACUGGCACCAGAUCAUACGUUACAAGGGGGGUGAGGCGCGCUGGUGGUCGCCGAAAACGCCGGUGGGGGUCGUGAGCUCGGAGACUUUGCAGGGGAUUAGGACGCUGAAGAGGGCGUGUGGGAUGAAGAACGUGGCGGUCAUGAGGGUACUGGGAGUUGUGAAGUGGGUGGUGCUGUCUGAGCCGAUUUUUGCGCUUUUGGAUAGUAAGGAGGUGGUGGGCUCGCGCCGUCCUUCUCCGAAGAGCAACGGCGUGGGCGUGGGCCAAUACGGCGAUGAGGGCGUGGUAUAA